AUGCCUCUAAACGCCUCUUCGCCAAAGAUCAGCAAGGCCUGCGCUCCCUGUCGAACCCGCAAGGUCAAGUGCAAUGCUGCUGUCGUUGGACUGCCCUGUAGUAGCUGUCCCCUCACUCAACAAUACACGUCAGAAACAUCCAAACAAACGACAGAGAGCACGUACUCUAAUCGAUCGGACGAGUCUAUCCAUAUCACCCAUUCAGAAAGCUCUACCCGGCACGACAGUCACAUCUCGCAAGACCGUCAUGCACCGGGCCGACCUCAGCCGGACCUUCUUUACUUGAACAUCCUCCAGGACACAGUUCACGACGGUGCAGCCAGUCAUAGUGAUAGAAGCGAGGUCACUUCAGCCAACGGGGACGUUAAUAGCUUUCACACUCAGAUACGCCGUUGGAAUCCACCACUACAGUUGGAUGACAUCGACAAUGAAUAUCUCGCCAAGAAAAAGGUGUUUGAGCUUCCUCCUGCACAAUACAUGGACGCCAUGGUGAAGGCAUACUUUGACCAUGUGCACCCUUUUGCCCCGGUCCUCAACAGGAACCAUUUCAUCCAGAAUUACAAGUCUGGAGACUGCUGCAUAUUUUUGCUUCACGCUCUGUCGACUGCCGCAAGCCUUUACGUCCCCACAGAGGUAAUACUAGGAUGCGGGUACCCUGACCGGUCAACCGCGCACACAGCCUUCUUCUCCAAGGCAAAGCUCUUUCACGAUUUUAAGUGCCAGGGCGGUUCACUCCCCAUGCUGCAGGGAUCCAUGAUUCUCGGGGCUAUCAUACUGGAUCACCCGUCUGAUAGGGAUUUCCAGUAUUGGUUCCAUAACUCGGUUCGUCGCGCCUCAAAGCUCGGCAUUCACAACGCAUGUCUUCGAAAUCAUGAAUCUCAAAAGCUGUAUCGUCGAAUAUGGUGGAUACUCCAUAACAGAGAUAUCUUCCACUUCUUUGUCAAUACCCAGAAUCUACGGUUACUUGCGAAUGCACCUCAGAUCAGUCCACUGACGGAGGAUGAUUGGGAGUCAGCAGACGACCAACAAGACACUGACUUGUUGUCUCCAACAUCUCAUCGACAGAAGAUGUCACUCAUAGCAGACUCCGAACUGGCCCAAAUUUUCGCAACGCUUGUAUCGCUCAUCACAAAUGAAUCUCCUAAAGACCUUCGCACCUUGAUCCAGCCGCUUGAUACCUGGCGAAGGUCCCUCCCAGAAAGGAUGCAGGGCGCCCAUUCUCUUCGAAAAAAUGACAUCUACCUUCUUGAAGCCCUUACGAUAAGCUACAGAUUCGAAUGCAUUAUGUUUCGUCUGCUAUAUCGUGGGAGAUGGAAGGUUCGCGAUACUAACGUUCGUGACUGGGCGCGGCAGCGAUUCCGAUCUGCUAUGUUGGAGCUUGAUACUAUUGUUAAGCGAGUUUUGGUCGACAACACGAUUUCAGAAAUGCCAACUACUUUCAUUACUACCAUCACCGCCCUCUUAGCACUUCAUAUUGAAUCCGCUUUGGAUACUUCAGAGUCAACCCUAAUUCGCUCAAUGGCGCGCAUAUCUAUUCAGCAUACCAUGCUCGCUCUUGUCCAGGUAGAAGAUAAUCCAGCGGUAAAGCGAGCUUUCCCUGUGUUUGAAAUGAUAUUGUCAAAGAACAACAUUCAUCUACCGUCAUCAAUCGGUCAUGACCGGACCAAUCAAGUUCCACCAGUACAUGGAGACCAUAUCCUAAAUGACGGACAAAUCAUUCCCUCAGAAGACACAAAUUUGGAACCACAGGAUAAUCAUGAUGAAGAUUUAUUUACUGCCGAGGACUUUAACGGCUUCGAGUUCUUCGACCGUUGGCAGUUGGAACAAUUAGACUUUACUGGCAUUUACUAA